UCAUUGAGUAUCCACGAGGAGGACAUUAAAAACAAACACGAUUUUUAGUUUGGAAAAAGGCAUUUUUGCAUCAAUUUAAAGCACAACAUGGGCAAAGUAAAGAAGGAAAAGUUGGACGAAAGUGUCGUCAGCGUGAAAGAAGAGCCGGAAAUCAAGGAGGAAGAUACGUACGAGGAAAAAGUCAAGAACGUUUGUAAGAUUGCCGCACCGCUGGCUUCCAAGAAACUAACCAAGCGUAUUUACAAGUUGAUUAAAAAAGCUGCCAAACAAAAGUCUUAUUUAAGAAAUGGCUUGAAAGAUGUACAAACUCGUUUGCGAAAAGGCGAAACGGGUCUCGUUAUUUUCGCUGGCGACGUGACUCCCAUCGAUAUCAUGUGUCACUUGCCGGCUGUGUGCGAGGAAAAAGCCAUUCCCUACUGCUUUACGCCCAGUCGAAAGGAUCUCGGAGUCGCUAUGGGGGUCAAACGUGGUUCCGUGGCAAUGCUGAUCCGUGAACAUGGCGAGUACAAAGAUCUGUAUGACGAGCUGCGAGCGGAAAUUCAAACGUUGCCAACGCCUUUGUAAGAAGACGGACCACUUUAGAUUUUUAAGUCAUUGAUUACAAUAUUUUUUAUUACACCUAAUUUGAUAAUAGCGACUUAUAUCCUACAAAUAUAAGAAUUUAAAACAA